GACCUCCGUGAUGCUAUUGAAGUGACGCGCGCCUUUCACCGUUGGGAAAGAUAUUCCUGUGUCGAGUCCCCUGGGGUGAAGGUAGAGGGUCAAGAUGAGCUUUUCUACUUUACCUUUCUUCAGGACAUUUCGGAGUCGACCGAAAUCAGCCAUUUGAUCCAGCAGACCAGCCGGAUAUACACCAGCUAUUCAGAUCGCCUCAAAAAGUUUCAGGACCAUUGGCGACGAGAAAAACAUCUCUUCUCUCCAAAUAAGAUAAAAGGAUCAAAUUUACCAAUCGGAUAG